AUGGGAAAUACUCAUCAUAUACUGCAAAUAACCAACACAGUUGCUUUGCUCGGGAUGCUAGUUCGAAUGAUACUUAAUCCUAGCAUGUGGAAUGGAAGUGACGGAUUCAAUGAGAAAGAGAAUGAAGAUGAUAUACAUAAAUGCAUCAAAUAUAAUGUUUGGUCAAGGACCCCUAAUGGCAAUAGGAAGUUAAAUGCUGCUUUUCAUGAUACACAAGCCAAAACCAGUGAUUCAGGCAUGGAGUGUCCGAUUUUCCUCUUCUAUUCUCUAAGGGUUAAUGGGAGCGGGCAGUAUGUAGGCUUAGCUGAAAUGAUUGGACAGAUGGAUUUUGCAAAGAUCAUGAACUUUUGGCAGCGUGACAAGUGGAAUGGGUUCUUCCCAGUAAAGUGGCACAUAGUGAAAGAUAUUCCCAACACCCAACUAAGACACAUUGUCAUCGAAAGCAAUGACAACAAACCUGUAACACAUUCAGUAGGCACUCAGGAGAUUGGACUUCAGCAGGGUUUAAAAAUGCUAAAAAUAUUUAAGAGUUAUUCAGGAGUGACAUCAAUGCUGGAUGAUUUUAACUUCCACGAAAACCACGAGCAGUCACUUAAGGCAAAGAGGAACCAAAUGCGAGCUCCUCAAACAGAGAUCCGCAGCAUCAUGAAUACCCAGUAA